AUGUCGAACACGACUGUCGUUUUCCCAGCCCAUCCGGCAUUAAAGGGUCUUUUGGAAAGCGCCAAGGCAUAUCCCAGCUCAGCGGUGGUCGUUGACGACGAAUAUGGAUUCCAAAAGACCUACCCCGAACUGCUGGGUGACCUCUUACAGACACGCUGCAUGCUUCUUGAACAGCUGCGCUCGUCGACAAGGAAUGGCGGGAACGUGCUGGAAGAAGGCGACCGAAACAUUGGCUUUAUGGCGCGCAGCGGCUACGAAUUCAUCGUCGCAUGCCUGGCUGUUUGGGCGAUAGGCGGCACAUGCAUGCCCAUGGACCCCGACAUCUCGUCUGAACUGGCUCUCACGCACUUUGAAAAAGGCCAGAUACGAUGUGUAGUCUCAUCCAAGGACUGCUGGCAGAAAGUUGAGGCCAUCUGCAAUGACGCCCGCAAGCGCAGCGGCACCGCCGAGGCACCAAAGCUCAUUGGGGUGUCAUGCAGUUCAGCAGCACUGGACUGGUCGCAAACGCAUAUUCAAAUCGACGACGGUCUGCUACCGGACGAGGACGAGGCGUGCAUGAUUAUGGGCACGUCGGGAAGCACGGGCUCGCCCAAACUUGUGCUUCAGGUAAAGCGCGCCUGGUGUCCGCCUCCAGCUGCGGAGCCCCAUCAAAUCUCGCUCAGCUACAGAGCGUGUCAUUGGACGGGCGGAGCGAAAAGUCUGAUCGACCCCGUCAUAUGCGGAAGAAAGGUCUACGUGAUGGCCGCGAGGGUCGGAGGACGAGCUCGCGCCGAAGACGUUCUCGAAGCCAUCAAGCAGCAUGGCAUCACUGACGUGCCCUUCUUCGACCCUUUGAUGCUCCGACUCAUGAAGGACGUGGUGGCUUGCGGCGGGAAUAAGCUUUCGGGCGAGGAGCGUCAACGGUGGUCCUCUUACUUUACCAGCCUGCCCAUCAUCAGAUGCAGUGCCGGAGUGGUCGACCAGUCUACAGUGGAUUUCUGGAAAGACUUGACCGGGCUCCAGGUUUGGACCUCUUACGGGUCCACUGAACUGACGUGUUUUGUCUUUGACGGACCUCAAACGAUUACGGGCUGCCUUGGGAAACCAAAUCCAGAUUGCCAAUUGAAGCUUUCAGAAGGCAAAUCUGGUGAGAUUCUUGUCAAGGUUCCCACUAUUUUCAAAGCGUAUAUUGGCGACGAGGAGGCAACCAAGGCUGCCUUUGACCCAGACGGCUUCUUCAAGACCGGAGACUUUGCCGAGCAGCAGGGUGACAAUCUUGUGUAUCUGGGGCGGAUGAAGACGGAUUUGGUAUUCACCGGCUCACAUAAGUUUUGGACCUUUGGCAUCGAAAGUCGCAUUCUUGACCUGCCGUACGUUGAAGAUGCGUGCGUCUUGGCCAUACCCGUCGACGAAACGAAGCAGAGAUGCGGCGUUGUUCUUGUCUUCCGCCAGGACUCGGCCUCGCCCGAGCCGGCAAACUUGGCAAAGAUUCGGUCCGAUCUCUCGGGCAGCGUUGCGGAAUUCAUGCUGCCCACUCUCGCCAGGGUUCUAGAUGGCGCGAGCGAGGUUAUACCUCGCACGGCGGCGGGAAAGCCAAGAAAGUGGCAUUUGAUGAAGGACUACUUUGGCAGCGUCGACGGCAGCGUACCGGUGAUUGUGCAGUCGCGGAUCGAGGAGUGCCGGUUUCCAGGCCCAGUCGAGUACGUGGAAGUGAAGUAG